UUAUGGAAUAUCAAAGUUUAUUUCGGUAGCCACGCCUAAACUUCUCCCUUAUUAAGGGUACCCCUCCUUCUUCCUAACCAGAUAUACCGUAACAUUUCCUGUACAGUCGGUGCAAUAUCUUUGUUUCAUAUUCAAUGAAUCUACAAUAGAACCGUUUAAUUUUUUUAAAUGUAACACUGCUAUUUAUUCAAUGCACGCUGAUAAUAGGAGAGUGAUGUCGAUUGAAGCAGUAAAUUUUUUAUUCAAAUAACCUAUUGUUCAUUUUACUCGUGCCGUAUAUUUCGGAUAUGGCUGUAAUAAUGCCUUCUGUCACAAUACGACGCCUGUUAGCUUGAAAUUUGUAUAUACACACACACACAUAUACCUCGUUUCUAGUUCUCCUCGAUAAUAUUUAAAAAAAACAUCUCGUAACUAUAUUAACUUCUUCCUAUCGUUAGGUUGAAUCGAUGCGAAAAAAUGUCUAGUGAAAGCGUAAAAACGUUUGCUAGUCUUGAAACACCUGGAUACGUGGGAUUUGCAAACUUACCUAAUCAAGUCCAUAGAAAAUCAGUAAAAAAAGGAUUUGAAUUUACACUGAUGGUUGUUGGAGAAUCUGGUCUUGGAAAAUCUACAUUAGUAAACAGUUUGUUUCUUACUGAUUUAUAUCCAGAACGUGUAAUUCCUGACGCUAUAGAGAAAACUAAUCAAACUGUUAAACUUGAUGCUUCAACUGUGGAGAUUGAAGAAAGAGGUGUCAAGCUUAGAUUAACUGUUGUUGACACUCCUGGUUAUGGAGAUGCAAUUGAUAAUACAGACAGUUUUAGAGCUAUCAUACAAUAUAUAGACGACCAAUUUGAAAGAUUUUUACGUGAUGAAAGUGGUUUAAAUAGAAGGAAUAUAGUGGAUAAUAGAAUACACUGUUGUUUUUACUUUAUUUCUCCAUUUGGUCAUGGAUUAAAACCUUUGGAUAUAGAAUUUAUGAAGCAACUUCAUAAUAAAGUUAACAUUGUGCCAGUAAUUGCAAAAGCUGAUGUACUUACAAAAAAAGAAGUAUUGCGUUUAAAAAAACGAGUUAUGGAGGAAAUUGAAGGCAGUGGUAUAAAGAUUUAUCCUUUACCAGAUUGUGAUAGUGAUGAAGAUGAAGACUACAAAGAACAAGUUAGACAAUUGAAAGAAGCUGUUCCGUUUGCUGUAUGUGGAGCAAAUACUUUAUUAGAAGUAAAGGGACGUAAAGUACGUGGACGAUUGUAUCCAUGGGGUGUGGUUGAAGUUGAAAAUCCAGAUCAUUGUGAUUUUAUAAAACUAAGAACAAUGUUGAUUACACAUAUGCAAGAUUUACAAGAAGUAACUCAGGAGGUACAUUAUGAAAAUUAUCGCAGUGAAAGACUAGCAAAAGGAGCUCCUGUUCCACCUCGAAGACAAACAAUUGCGGAAUCUGAGAGAAGUAAUUCUGUAUCAGAGAAGGAUCGUAUAUUGCAAGAGAAAGAAGCUGAAUUACGACGAAUGCAAGAAUUAGUGGCUGUAAUGCAGGCACAAAUGCAACAACAGCAACCUUAAUUACAUAUGCACAAAUGUGUGAAGAAAAAUCAAUUCUUCACCAUUGCAGGUGCCAAAAAUUGUAUUCACCAAUUAAUAUGCUAUUCAAAACACAAAGUAUGAUUUUCAAGCAUUUAUUUUUAACAAACGUAAUUAAAAAAGACGUUUUUUAUUGAAUAUUUUUUAUUCAAAAGACUAGAGUUAAUAAAGUGAAAUUGAGUGUUUUAAUAAAACUGAAAGUAAAAAUUCAUAGAGUACAGAAGAUUAACUAUAAAGCAACUAUAAUUUAAUAAUGACAAAACAUAUGUAUAAUAAGUGCCUUGCAUAUUCUUCUUUAAUAGAACAAUUUACAAUUUCCAUUAUUAAAAUGCUAUCAAAAAUAAUAUAUAAUCCUUUUAUAAAAUAGAACUAUUAUAAAAAAUUUUAUACUUUUUAAAAUAUCAAAUGUAGUACAGAUAAUCGGUAAAAAUAGAAUAUUGAUUUCGGUAAAAUAGAAUUUCUAUAAUAUUGAAAUAUAAAAUGAUAAAAUAUCCAGAUUCUCAUUAAAAAAAAAAAAAA